GUCCCGCCUGCCUCCCAGUUGCGUACGCCGCUGUCCUGUCUGGCCGCCCGGUGUCUGCUCCGCGCUCUGCGGCGCUCCCACCUCGAACCCGACAACUGUGCCUCCUCGUUCACCUCCCCGGCUCCCGGACCCCCUCCCCACAUCCACCCGGUGAAUGCACCAGCGCCGCAAACAUGACGGGCAUCGCCGCCGCUUCUUUCUUCUCCAAUUCCUGCAGGUUCGGGGGCUGCGGUCUCCAGUUCGAGUCUCUCGCCGAGCUCAUCGUCCACAUCGAGGAUAAUCACAUUGACACAGAUCCGCGGGUCCUGGAGAAGCAGGAGCAACAGCAGCCCACUUAUCUGGCCCUGAGCUACAUCAACAGGUUCAUGACAGAUGCGGCACGCCGGGAGCAGGAGACCAUGAAGAAGAAGGCCACACCCAAACUGUCCCUGUCCAUCACCGGCGGAGUGUCCAGGAACAGCACAGCCACGCCUCCUCGCCACACCAGCGGUAACCUGACGCCUCCCGUCACGCCCCCCAUCACUCCCUCUUCCUCCUUUCGCAGCAGCACACCGACAGGCAGUGAGUAUGAUGAGGAGGAGGUAGACUACGAGGAGUCGGACAGCGAUGAGUCGUGGACCACAGAAAGCGCAAUUAGUUCCGAGUCGAUCCUCAGCUCCAUGUGCAUGAAUGGGGGAGAGGAGAAACCGUUCGCCUGCCCCGUCCCUGGCUGUAAGAAGAGAUAUAAGAAUGUGAACGGCAUCAAGUACCACGCCAAGAAUGGCCACCGUACGCAGAUCCGCGUGAGGAAACCCUUCAAGUGUCGCUGCGGCAAGAGCUACAAGACCUCGCAGGGCCUGAGACACCACACCAUCAACUUCCACCCACCCGUCUCCACUGAGAUCCUGCGCAAGAUUCAAGGCUAGAGCCUGUGCUCACACCAAUCACUACCCCAAACAUUAGCCCUAUCCUGACUGUCCUCACCCGGCCCCGUUUAUACCCAUCCCCCACACUAAAGGAUCAAGUGUGUGCUUUAAGUUGUUUUCAUUUUCUUUUUUCAUCUUUUUGUUCGUAUAUGUUAUUUUUUUUCUAUCCAUGUUAUAUCACUUGUAUUUUUGAAAAGAAAAGAUGUAUCUUUGUAGUAUUUUUUAUUGUUGUACAUUUGCACAUUCGUAUAUGCUAUCACGUUACUUUUUCUCUUUUGUUUUAUUUACAUAAGGUGCUAACUGUAAAAAACAGAAAGAAAAGACACAAAAACAAACGUUACGAAAGAAGAGUGGAAACCUAAAAGAAGAUGUGAAACAGGAAGUGCAACCCAGCCCUGCCCCUGUCCCCGCUCGUCUGUGAGUGGGAUGAAGUUGACAUUAGUGCUGAUCUGAGUUCAGACGUCGGUAACACUCCCUUUCCGUUAGAUGCAGUGAGUUGGCCGAGCUCAGAUCUGUGCCUUUGCAGUAACUUCUGGGGGUUUCGGUGCGAGAGCUAAGUUAUACUUUAAAUAGAUAUAUUGAUAUAUAAACAAUAGACAGAUGUGUAUGUGUACAUAAAAAUAUAUAAAAGUAUUCAUGAGCAUAUACAUAAAUAGUUACACUUUAUUUUCAAGCUUUAUUUUAUAUAUUUUUGUCAGUGUUUUUAUUUUUCUUUCUAUCAGUAAGUGUUCCUUUCAUUCCUUAUUUGCUGAGACGGCCAGUUUUGUCACCUCAGAGGUGAAGGUCAAACAGCUGGCUGACUUUGGGUUCAGAGAGUUUCCUCUCACCACACCCUGGAGAUAAGGAGCCAAAACGCCUUUCUGUUUGACACACCCUGAAGCAUAUGCGAUGUUAUUACUGUUGAUCAGGAAGGGGCGCUGAACUAUUAGGACAUGGCGCAGGCCAACAAUCCAUAUCUUACACAUUUCACCCCCACGGGAAGCCAUCCAUGUAUUUCAUAUCGCCAGUGUUUCCUCAUUCACGGUGCCAGAGCUGUGUUCAAGAAACUUAGCUGCAAACGCAGGUUAAGCCCCAUACUGUAUUCCAGCUGCCAAGAUCUUUGUUUUGUUUUUUUUCCAUAAUGUUGCCAACAGCUCUCCACUGCCAAACAUUGACCAUACCAUGUGCCUGAUGAGGGGGGGGAGAAAAAAGGGAGGGUGGGCAGGGUUUCACCCGAGGGGUCGCCAAAUGUGUGGCAACGAUUCUCUUCUCCAUUACGCCUCCAAAAUGUGCGGAUGAGUGGAUGUACAUCUGCGGAAUGUUUUCAUGCAUGCUUUCAGUGUCGUAACGAGAGGAAGAAUGUGAAAGAUUUGUAUUUGAAAGAGAUUACCAUCUACAGCCUCUCAUUUGUGUGUGUUGUAGACGAGAGCAUUCCAGUUCAUUGUACGUGUGUAUGUAUGCGUGUGUGUGUGUGUGUGUGUGUGUGUGUGUGUGUGUGUGUGAGUGAGUGUGUUUUCUCAGCGGUAUCCAAGUCAUCAGCCUAUAGAGUGUUACUGUAUUUUGUGUGUGACUGUGCUCGGAUCUGUCUGUGCUGUCUGUGCCAGGCCGCUGGUUCGACUCCUGUGGAGCAGGACAGCGCUGGCAAGUGUUGCGUCAUGUAGUCGUAGCGGUGGCCGACUUGUUGCCCCUGAUUGGGAUAUCAUCAUUCAUUGCCUCCAAGAAAAACAAGAGCGGUGCAGUGCAGCCGCCCAAGCGUGCCAACACACAUCGAUUCAUGACAUCGUUUCCCUCAUCGUGCACAACGUUUUUUAAAUCUGCUGGAAGCUCAAAGCAUGAGCUUCUUCUCUUUGGUUCUUUUGAUGGGUACAGUGACCUCUGACAUGCACACACCCUCCUGCCCUCCAAGCUGCUGUUGCCAUGGAAACCACUGGGUCAGCAUGGCAAAGAGACCUUUUUUCUUAAAUAGUAAUUUUGGUAUUUGUUUAUUAAAGUUUUAUGGGGUUAAACAAAUAAUUUCACCCCCUAAUUUCUUUUAAAUACCCUGUUCUGAUUAUAGUAAUUACAAUGCGCCUGCACUGUACUUAGAAUGCCUUUAACUCGUGUGCUACCUAACAAAUAAGCACAAAUGUGUGCCUGAAAGACGUCCUAUGUCUAUUCUGAAGCACCAAUAAGUGAAGCAAGAUCUCUAAAAUUUUGGUAUCAAUUUCAAAGUAUGUCUGUGGACUUACUACCCCGACAGUAACCCUGAGAUAAUGGGUUGUGUGCAACAGGAAAACUUAGUUCCUGCCUUUGAGAGCAGGGGAAGAGUUUCCGUGUCUGGGAUCAGAGCAGAGACGGGCCGAGAUGGACGGAGACUGAGAGUCUCCCGUCAAACACUCGUAAAACCAUCCCCGCUUCACGGACACCGCCGUCACAAUGGCAAUAGUUUCAGCUUUACACAGGGGGGGCCAAUUGCAGUAUUACACAUAUGGGAGAGGAGGAGCGGAGGCUGUGUGCAGAAGGAGGAGACAAGGGAGGGGGUUUCUAUAUACCGUGUACAGUGAAUGUAUUGUAACGUGUGUCUGUUGUCAAGUGCUUUUAAAUUAUAUUUUCGUAUGUAACGUGGAGACCAAUGUUUCCUUUUUGUAUGGGGGGACAACAGGUUCUGAGCAGAGUGACUUGUAAAUGAUGUCAAACUGUCUUUCUAUAUAAAAGAGAAGCUGCUUAAAUGUAAACAGGAAAUGACUGAAAAAAAAAAACAGUAAAAAUAAAGUA